CGUGCCUUUGUGCCACUGCUCGAUGCGUACGGCCUGCUUUGCUCCCUGCGUGCGUCUUUCCCACAUCCGCACGUUUCAGCCGCAACAGCCAAUGCCACGGCUCUUUCCCGUCUCUCCGGUCUUGGUCUCGCUCUUUCGAUCGCAUUUUUAAAUGCAGAAACGUCUACGUCGUACCGACGACGUUGGGCUGAGUCCACUGAAGGCGCCGAAGCUAAUCGAUGCGUCGUUGGUUUCCGUUGUGAAGGGCGAGGUGGGCGAUGGCUCGCCCCGAAACCCUUUUCGACUUCCGCUGCGCACGGAGCCAAACCGGAGGGGGUGCAUCCACUGCACGGCGGACACGUGUGAUUGCAGGUGGUUUGCAGAAGAGCUUGACCGCUGCUACGCCUCACUGUCCCUUAAAAGGGAGACCGAGCGCCUAAAGAAGCGGGAGUUGUGCGCCAAGUCAAUUUUGCCGCCAUUUGUGGCUCGCCUCAUUCGUAUCGCACGCGUCUCGCCAAGCGACACUUUUUAUGAUCUGGGCUGUGGAAACGGUAGCGUGCUGUUUCAGGUAGCCGCCCUGACUGGCGCGCGCUGUGUUGGGGUUGAGAUCAACCCUCACAACGCGCGGUUGGCGAACGACGCAUGGGCGUACAUGAAGCCGAUCUUAGAAAAGAAAUACGAACGAAAGCUAGAGGUGCAGAUUGUCUGUGGCGACUUCUGCGAGCUUCUGCGUGAUCCUUUGUAUUUUUCUUCGUCGUCCGUGAUCUGGGCUGCAAAUCUCCUCCUGCCUAGGCCGGUGAACCACUUCCUUUCAGAGCGCCUGCGCAGUGUGCCAAAAGGGACACGCGUUUUGUGCUUUGAAGACCUGUACCCCCACUCGCGGUCGCUCUCUCGUAUCCGUGACCCGGACGCCUUCGACAGGUUCAUUUUUCAUGACUAUCAAUGGCAACCAGAGACGGUGGAGUGGUGCUCCAUGAGCGGAUCCUUUUACUUGUACGAGAAACGUAUUUGA